AUGGACUCUAAAACAAAAUCUACAGCCUUUACAGGGCGUUCGCUUGUGUUUUCUUCACUUUUUCUGCGAUUAUUCCCCUUGUGCAAGGCCUUUUUUGCGAAAAAUCGAGUCCAAAAACUCAUUCGUCGGCUCCGCUGCGACGGUGCGGUCGUGCUUUUUGUUGGUGACUUCCCUCGGCUUCUCGCCCCACUCAGCCCCGCAUUUACUGCGUUCGGGAAGGCAGUGCGGAGCGAGGCAUUUACCAUCACUCUCGAUUUCUUCCCCACUGAUCCACAGGCAGGUCGUUCUCUUUUUUCUCUUCCAUUUUUUUACUUCGUUCUUCUGUUUCUGCCGCCGGCGAAACGCUUUGUGAACAUAGCCAGACAAUUUUUUGGGGGAAAUGAAGCGGAAUUUCAUAAUCCCACGUUAUCUGAUAAAAAUUUUGCGAGGCGUUUUAUUCGCGUCCUUUCCGAAGGUUUGAAAACGUUUGUAGAUGUGGGAGAUGACAAUUCAAUCUUGCUAAAAUUAAUGUCUAAGCUGGCUAAAAGUAAUUGUCAGAUUCUCUUCUAAAAAUCCAGGCCUCUGUCCUUGUUUUCUGCCCAAUUUUGGACCUUACUUUAGAUGUUGAGACCUUGUUGUAGGUUUAAAGGCGGAAGAGCAUGUUUAGAAAUGGCCCAUUAUCCUCAACGCUUUUUAUAAUCACGCAGGCCUCUUGUUAGAACGUCCUCUAAAAAUUUCAGACGUCUAUCCUUCUUCUUUUCCAAUUUUUCGGCCUUAUUUUAGACUUCAGCACCUUAUUUUAGGUAGAUUUGAUGUUAUUUUAGCCAAUUUUCCUAAUCUUAAUUCAAAUUCCUAUCUAUAGCGUCUUUUCGAGCUCCAAAAUCUAUUGUAAAAUCUGCGACGAACCUCGUGGCUUGAUCUCGCAUCGGGAGUCAAGUGUUGCCCUAUAGAUUUUCCGAAUGGGUCAUGUGUCGCUUUUUGAUGACAAAAAUUUUUUUUCGUCGGGGCUGGAAAGUGCAGAAGCCGAGAGAACUCUAGAGUUGGGAGCGGCUGCGGGGCGCGAGUGAGAGAGUGUGCGACCGCGUGUGGGGCGGCGGGGAGCAAGCGACGGACGAAGGGCUCGGGGCGCUCGUCCGUCUGCUUGUCUGGCCCCGAAACUAGUCGUUCUGCUGCCCUCCGCCUGUGUCUGUUCACUUCCCGACGGCUCUCUCCGCUCGUCGGUGCUGCUGCUGGUCGUGGUGGGGCGAAUGAAUGGAUGGGAGAAGGGAGAGACUGGGAAUGGAGAAAGUCGGGUCGAUAGUCAUGAGUUUUUUCCCUGCCCCAACCAACCAAUUUUCCUUGUCGACCAUUCCCAGUCGACAGCUCCAGGCGAAUCGAUUUUCUGCCCGCAAUUCGCGAACCUUCGGCAAUGAUUGCGUGUUUGUCGCGAAAUUUUCGAAAUUUUGUCCCCUGAUAUUGACGAGAAAUUGUCUCGAGUUCGUGUCGCGUUCGCUUCAUCGAUUUUCGAGCUAAUUUUUUUCUCGUUUCAGCCCGUUCUCGGCAACUCUCACUGA